ACUUGUUUAAAAUAUUUGGAUUCACAGAAAUGUCAAAAUGAGUUAACAGAGUGAGGCCAAUGUAAACACGAUCAAAAAAUGAAACUCUUAACGUCUAAUUUUGACAGUUCGCCAACGAGGAAUGCCUAUCAGAGUAAAAUAUUUGACAUAAAAGCGUGAUACUUACCACGGCAACUCGUGGUACAUCUCCAACCCAUUGUGGGACAACCCGUGAUACUUUUUAAGAAAACCUGUGAUAUCUUCGGGGAGAACACAUGAUUUUUACCAAAAUAACCUUUGAUACUUUACGGGGCAAUUUUUGAAAAGUGAUACUUUCCAGGGUAAUCCUUGCUGCUUACCGGGGCAAGGGUUACAUGUGAUAGUUUCCGGAUCAACCUGUAAUACGUAGCAGGGCAACUCGUGACACUUGGCCAACCCAUACUUUGACAAGCCGUUAUAAUUUCAAGGAAAAAAUCUAAUUUUUAUGGGGAGAACAUUUGAUUUUUACCUGGAAAACCUGUGAUGUUUUCUGCAGCAACUUGCUUACCGACUGAAGGCACCACGUGAUACUUACCGGAGCAACCUAUAAUACUUAUCAGGGCAAUUCGUUAUACUUGGUCAACCCAUACUGGUACAAGCCGUGAUACUUUCUAGUAAAACUUAAGAUAGUUUCGGAGGGAACACAUUAAUUUUUCCUGUGAUACUCUCGAGGGGGAACCUGUGAUACUUACCAGGCAAAGCUGUGAUACAUACCGGGUCAUUCCCUGACACUUUCUAGGUAAAGCGAGAUAUUGAUAUUUCUCGAAACAAACUGUUAUGCCUACCGGAUCAACUUGUGAUACCUUUCUGUAAAAUUGAUUGGGAAAACAAAGUGAAAGGAAUGAAUGAUUGUAAAGUUUUUAUUAUUAUUCGCAACGCAAUCUUCCAGACUAUAAGCUUAAAUCUAAAAAUGUAGUUGUAGAUUUAUCAGAUUUAAUUAACCAAAAAACACAUCACCAUUCAUAUUUCCAAAAAAUUAAUCUUGGUUAAAACAGAUAAUACAUUGAACACCAAUAAAGUUUCUUGUGUUUUUUUUUAAUUAGCUUUCGAUAAGGACUUUAUACAGAUUUAACCAUAUAAAUACUUAAAAUCAUUUGAUAAUAUUUUUAGUUCUGAAUUAAGUAUUUUUGGCCACUGACAAAACGGUCGUGAGCGGCAAUAUGAACGCUCUUCCACUGCUACUUUUGGCCAUUAUAGGCUUAACACGAGGUGAACUAUUAGCUUCGGUCUGUAAGAGACCGUCAGGUGAAUAUGAAGUGGCAAAUAUAAAUAACUGUUCCACAUUUAUCAAGUGUCACGGUCAUAAUGCAACGGGGCUUUCUUGUCUAGAUGGCAAAUUAUUCGAUACCAAACUCCGCAUAUGUCGUUCUCCAUCACAAGCAUUAUGCGCAGUCAAUGAUAUCCCGAAUUAUGUUCAUGAUUUAUGUAAGACUAUGCCUAAAAAUGAACUUGUUCCUGGUAUUGAGUGUGAUAAAUACUACAAAUGCAAUGGUAUUAACACCACUGCACUGGCUUGCCCUAAUGGACAACAUUAUUCCAGAGCAUACGCAACAUGUACGAACCCAAUAAUAGCUGGGUGUAAGGCCCUAAGUGACAUGUGCUCUGGGGAAUAUAAAGGUUAUGCUUUUCCAUCGCUGGUAUGUGAUGAGUAUUUUGUUUGCAAUCGGAAGCUUAAGCCAGAACCAAAGACCUGCGAUGAGGGACUUUACUUUAGCCCCAACCAACAGAAUUGUACUCAACCAGCUUUGUCAGGUUGUUCAAAUGACAAUGGUGAAACGACAGAUGAUCCAAAUGGUAAUUGUGAUAAUGCUCCAGUACCGAAAUGUGAUUCAACCAAUUCGGGAGCAUUUUUCCCACAUCCAAAUCCAGCCUUGUUCUAUAUGUGCUUCAAUUCUAAGCCAUUAGAGUUGCAAUGUGAAACUGGACUUACUUAUGAUACUUUGUUGAAAUAUUGUGUUAAAGAGGGAGCUAAUCGUGUGUGUUGAAAAUAAAAUUCAGUUU